AUGACCAGCGGUAAAGCGAAACCACCUCUAGCCAAUCCUCCACGCUGGUAUCAGACUGCACUUUUCAAACGACUGGAAUUCCAACAGAAUGGGAGGGCCAUAAUGAGCGAAGCCAGGAGGCGCUAUGGCAAGCAACUUUACAGGUUGAUUACUGAUACGGGCGAAUGUCUUAUCUUACCUCCAGAGUAUGCGGCUACGAUUCGCAACUCAAUGGAUCUUAGCUUUGCAGAAGCAGUAGUGAGGAUGUUUUCUGGACAUGUGCAUGGCUUCGAAAUGUUCGCUGUCCUGCUACACGAGAAACGACUGGUACAAACCGUUGUGAUGAAACAACUCACCAAAUACUUGAACACAUUGACAAAGCCCCUCUCAGAAGAAGCCACUUAUGCGUGCGAUGUGAUAUUUGGCAAAGAUCCUGAAUGGAAAGAAACAGUCAUUGCAGACUCGAUCCUCCAACUCACCGCCCGUCUGUCCACCAGAAUCUUCCUCGGUGACACCAUGUGCCGCAACGAAGCCUGGCUCUCAGCCUCAAAAGCCUACACCGCAACAUGUUUCAUCAUGACUCUCAAAAUGGCAGCACUCCCCCCAUAUCUAAAAUUCCUCGUCCCCUACCUCUCCUCGGAAGCAAAAACCGUACGUGAAAACGGAAACCUCUGCCGCGAAAUCCUCACCCCAUUAUUCACCCAGCGCCAAGCGCUAAAAGCCGAGGCAAGACGGAACGGGCAGCCCGAACCCGUCUUCAACGACAUGAUUGACUGGUACGAGCAGGAAGCUCGAGGGACCAAGUACGAUCCAGCGCUUUUCCAGACUGCGCUGUCGUUUGUGGCGAUACAUACGACAAGUGAGCUGCUAACGCAUGCCUUGACGCUAUUAGCAAGUGAGCCGGAAUAUAUAGACGCGCUUCGAGAAGAGAUUGUGCGGGUGUUAAGUAGUGAGGGGUUGACAAAGGGGGCGCUGGCUAAUUUGAAGUUGAUGGAUAGCUGCUUGAAGGAAUCGCAGAGGUAUAGGCCCGCUGCGUAUUUAACAAUGCGCCGCAAAGCCAAACGCACCGUCGUCCUCCCCGACGGCACCGUCAUACCCAAAGGCCAACAAAUCGCCGUAGACGGCUACCACAUGUCCGACCCAGCCAUCUACCCCGACCCAGACAAAUACGACAUCUACCGCUACUACCGCAUGCGUCUCGACCCCACCAAAGCCAGCCAAGCCCAUCUCGUAUCCACAGGCCCAGACAACCUCUCCUUCGGCCACGGCGUACAAGGCUGCCCCGGGCGGUUUUUCGCCGCAAACGAGAUGAAGAUUGCGCUAUGCCAUUUGCUGCUCAAGUAUGACUGGGAGGUAGGUGAGAAUUGUGAUUUGUCGUCGAAGAUAUUGUUUGGCGAGACGGAGGCGUUGGAUAAGGGGAAUCGGCUGAGGUUUAGGAGGAGGAAGGAGGAGGUGGUGGAGGUUGAUUUGGAAGGGUUGGUGUAUGUGUGA